GUACAUUUCUUCUGAAUUGCAAAUUUGAUACCCCCAGAAGCUACGCAUAAUGUGUAGCAACUGGGCGCAACACAUUUUCUGAAUCCGGUUCCGGAGUGCCGACGACACCGAUGCCUGUGCCCACAGACUGAUCACAGGGCUUUUACCCGAACAGCACUGAAUGGUAGCAGCUGAGAGACGGGUGCGGAGCGAGGGUUGCCAAACCCGGAGGAUUUCUCACGGCUCACGGACUAGAAUGCUCUUCUAUAUGUAUCCCCAUAAACGGAUGACAACCUCCAAACAAACCUAUACUGAAAACUUUCAGCUCUACAUUUGACGCGGGGGUGUUAUUGAGAUUUUUUUAAACCAGGUCCAAGAACAGACAUCAUGCAGGUGCAAACUGUGGGCUAGCGUUACUGAAAUGACUUGCUCGGCGCUGACGCGUUGCAUUGUGCCAUGCCAACCCUGCAUUAUCAGAUGCCAUUUUACUCUGCGUUAUCCCAGCGUCUGGAAUUCCAACAUACUGGGCCUGUUGUGUAAUUAGAAGUUCGUGAGGCAGUGGCAAACAAGCUGGUGCAAUGAGAAGCUACGCUGUCCAAGACAUUGUACGCAAUUUGUGCUGAAGCUUAUGGGUCCUGCGUACUCAAGCUCCCAGCUUCCACUUGGAGAGGUGUGCUGCGGGGCUACAGCGCACUGGCUGUCGGCUUCACAUCUGGACCGCCUGGAUACUGUCAUCUGCGGCCUGUUCGGACUGUGCACUCCCUGAACUUGUAUGUUUACGGGGAACUGAGUGAGAUAGCCUCGGAUGGUGUCGUGUUAGGGAGAAGGGUGAAUAUUUGUCUGGGACUUGACGUUAUCGGUGAUCCACUGGAACACCGUGGUCCAAAGCUGGACUGGCUAACUACUCAUGGAAAAAACGUUUAUCCAGCUAUGGAUUUUGCGUAGCGAAGUCACGCAUUUUUAAAGGCAACGCUAGGGUGACAUUGCAGUCUUUUCGCCACAUCGGUUAUUUCGUCGUCCGACAAAAAAAUAAAAGAGUGAAAGUGGAGUAUUGUCCGUCAUACGUAUCAACGCAGUGGGAUUUCUACGUCUGGUCGGCGUUCCCCCCCACCCUUCCCGCGGUGACGGUUAUGGGUCGGAAGCGGUGUGUCGGUGCAGAUUGUUCCAAGAUGGCGGCCGGGUGCUGCGGGGUGAAGAAGCAGAAACUGUCGGGAUCGCCCGGGUCGGGGGGUCCCGGCGGGGUGGGGGCGGGAAGCGGGGUUGCAGGAACCGGACAUUGUGGCUCGGAGUUGGGGAUUGGCUCCUCCGCGACCGUUGCAGCAGCGGCGAACGUGAGCAGAACCAACGGCCUGGGGGGACCCGGGGGUAACGUUAGCGGCAGUAGUAGUAGUGGUAGCAGCGGCACAAACGCUCUGUCCCCGGCCCCGGCUGGUUACACUUCAUCCGGCCUAUCCCCGAAUAUCAGCUCGGGACCUGGUUCGGGAAGUGGAGGCAGAAAAAUGGUCGUCUCAGCGGAGAUGUGCUGUUUCUGCUUUGACGUGCUUUAUUGCCAUCUGUACGGCUACCAACCUCCGAGAACACCCAGGUUUACAAAUGAUCCCUUCCCGCUGUUUGUCACAUGGAAAAUAGGCAGAGACAAGCGGUUGAGGGGUUGUAUAGGUACAUUUUCUGCCAUGAAUCUGCACUCAGGACUCAGGGAGUACACCCUUACCAGUGCCCUUAAAGACAGCCGCUUCCCCCCUAUGACAAGGGAUGAGCUGCCUCGCCUCUUCUGCUCAGUGUCUCUUCUCACCAACUUUGAAGACGUCGGUGAUUACCUUGACUGGGAGGUGGGUGUUCACGGUAUUAGGAUAGAGUUUUUCAAUGAAAAAGGAUCAAAGCGCACCGCCACCUACCUACCGGAGGUUGCAAAGGAGCAAGGUUGGGACCACAUUCAAACCAUAGAUUCCUUACUACGAAAGGGAGGUUACAAAGCUCCCAUCACAAAUGACUUCAGGAAGACCAUUAAGUUAACCAGGUACCGUAGCGAGAAGAUGACAAUGGGUUAUGCAGAGUACAUCGCUCACCGCCAGCACCAUCACUACCAGAAUGGCAUUGGGCACCCUCUACCACCCUACAACCAUUAUUCCUGACAGCGAGCCGCAUGACCAAUCAUUGGACCUCUCCGCGGACCUUUUUCCAGGAGAGCCUGCCCCCUCCUGGUCUAGCUAUUUCUACUACUGUACCAUUUUAUGAUGAUUGUUUCCGUUGCCAUGCUGGCCGUCUCCUAGACGUUGACAUGGCAACGGGUGGCAACGAAGCAUCAUUUGAUUAUGGCAAGAAAUCCAUGUUUCUUUUUCUUUGCCUGUGGUUAAGUUUUUGCAGCAUAUGUAUACCUGUAUCUAUAACCCCCUUCAUUCAUAUUUUUGAAAAUUAAACAAAUACUAGAUUUUAUUAAUCUUAUGUAUUUUCAGCAAACCUAAUCAGGUGUUUGAUUCUGUGGAUGGAAGGAAGUCUCUUAAGGUGGAUUACUCUCACGCUUAUAUUUUUUAGGCUUUGCUACAAUUUUACAUUUACUAAGAACAUUUUUCUUUUUUCCUUCUUUUCGUUAUCUUACUAUCCAGACAUGUGUACCAUGUAGCAAGGCAACUGCAGUUCUCAAAGGCUGUGUCGUCUCUAUUCCAAUUCCUCUCAAAAAAAAACACUGACUGUUGAGGUUGUUUUAGCCUUGUAAACUCUUGUAGUGUUGUAGUUGGAACUAUAUAUUGGGAUUUGUAUACUCCAAAGUAUAGAUAGUAGGAUUGUGAUGCCCUUUGACCAGCCUGUGCUGGUAGUGUUUAUUGUUUGAGCUCACAAUUGUGUGUGUAUUUCUGUGUGUGGAUAUAGCUAUUGGUCUGCCACCAGAUGAAAACCAGUAGAGUAAAUUAGAAAUUGGAUUUAUACCUAAAGAUUCCCUACAGUGAUUUUUGGAAACCUCCCCCUGAGUAUUUGUACUGUUUUGUGGUGGAACCUGUAAACCUUGAACUGCGUUUGUUUGGCUAGAGCUUACAGCUAUGUUCCCUCUUUUUUGUUUAACUUUUUCAAAUUUAAGGUGAUUGUGGAGGAAGCCAUUUUGUCUGAGGAUAAUCAUGUCCGUGCAGGUGAUUUGUUAAUUAUCGAUGUAAAAUGGGCUACAAGUGGGUCUGAUUUCCUGUAUUGGAGAGGGGGAGCAGGCGUAACUACAGGUCCCUAGAAAAAAAAAAAGCGUGUGCAUGAACAAUGCUUUAAUUUAAAUUUACCAUGUCUGUUGGUUUCUGAGUUUACUGGCAGGGAGUCACUUGACAGGGACAUGCUAUAACUACUUAAAGCCAUAUUCUCUUUUUAUUCCACACUUUGUAAGAGUUGUCUGUUGUUUGGCUUGAAGCGUUUGUAUUCGGCAACCUCUAAUGUAUUGGGUCUUCAACCUCUGAAUGCACACUUACACCAGCCAGCCUCAGGCAAGGCUGCAUCACUGAAUACUAGUCAAAUCCGGCGGUUUCAGUCAUUAGUCGGAUGUCUUGUAUAUUACCCGUGUUGUUGUGGAAACAUUGUCUUGCCUUUUCAGAUCAUAGCUAACCAUUGUCACUCGUCCACCAAGUAUGAUGUAUUAAAAUUGUCAUUUUGAAUGAAGACAAGCCACUUGACGCACAAAGGAAGUAACGUGUGUGUCAUUUAGCCGUGCAUGUCAUUGUGCUCUUUAGAUUCUGAAGCAGUUGCAGUAAUGCACCUAGUUGAUUUAGUUGUUGAAACCGCACUAACACUGUUCUCCUGUAAUACUCUGCUGUUCAGUGAGAUCCCGCUGAUCUGUGUGUUCAUGGCACAGGAAAUGUUGAGAUUUGUGGUCUGUUUUGUCAGCUGUUUGGCAGUAGGUUAGAGCAAACACAGUUGAAUUAGUUAGAGCUGAAUCUCUGCAUGGGGCCAGGCGGCUUGCAGUUAAGGUCUACAAAUAAAAAGCCAGGGCUUUGUAAGGACUAAAGAAGCCAUUUCCCAUCCAAAUAUCACUCGUUGUGAGUCACAUCCACACACACUAGUGUAGUUUGAUGUACUUUCCAGAAUGUUUGAACUGUUGAGGAUCAUCGUGUGAUCCGCUUGCUUUGGGUUUGGUUUUAGUUUUGCUAACUGGAAUUUUUGAGAGGUUCUUGUUACUUGACCAACAUCUUUCUAUGUAACAGCCUUUACUAACUGACAGGUUAUUUUUCUUUAUGCAAAAUGUCAAGGGCUUUUGGCACUCCAUCCACAGUAACCUGAAAUGACCCAGAUUUAAGUUGUGUUGCCUUAAAUGAAUGAUUUAAUCAAUGAUGGAGCAGUAGAUGAUGCUCUGAGUGUUCCUCUAUUCCAUGGUUUGCUCUUUCCCAGCUCCAUAUUCACACCACAGUGAAGGAAAGGGCCUCAGAUGAUCUUUUCCCCACUUGAAUGCUAUUGCUAGAACAUUCUUAGACAUAUGGGGGCUCCUGUAUGCCUGCAGUCUCCUGUUAGCUAUCGUCUUACCCAGCUGCUGGUUCUCAAUUUUUUCAUUUUUUAAAGCACCACAUACACAUUCUCUAAAAAUCCUGUUGGGCACUGUGGUGUUGUUACCUAAAUGUUUAAACCAUGGGAAGACAGUUUCAUGCCUCUAGUUAAAUGUAUGCUUUUAUGAUAAACACUACACUACAUCAAAAGUUUCAAAGAGGAACAGUCAGGCAUACGUUUCCUGGUCCAUUUAGUACAGCACAACCUGAAUUUUUCUGCUGCAAAACCAAAUUGACCAUGCUCUUUUACAUAUGUCUUUGUAUACACAUGCAAUGUAUUUUGUUGCAUGUAUGUAUGAGUAUGAGACCUAUGGUUUUAUCCAUGAUGUGCUUGAUCUAUGGCUUAGACACUCUUAUUAACCAUUAAGAGAUUUAAAAGACAAUAUGGUGCUAUCGGACCUCAUAUUGGGGUGGUCACAGCUUGUGACUGGUCAUGCGGACUCAUUGAUCAUAUCAUCCUUAAAGAUGCUACACUUAAGAUUUUCUCUUUAGUAUAUUGCUGUGAAAUGAGUUCUGACGGCCCAUUUUAAAACUGAAGGAUGUGACUGUCACCGAUACAAACAGUAGCCCCAAGAAUCUGUGCUUUCAUGAAGUCCAAUGUGGGUGAUUUUGGGAUCAAUUCCCUAUGGGAAAAACAGACUGAUAUUCUUACGCAUAUAAUGAAGAAGGAAAAGUCCCUGCAGCAAACCCGUCAUAGGGGCUAUGGAAUGUACUGUUAAUGGCCGUUAUUACAAUUUAACGGUGAUAUAUUAAGAGAAAAUCCUACAUGUGUUACCUUUACUAUCCUUGAUAUAUGCAGAUCUGUUCAACAGGUGUUUUUUUGUUUUUCCUACCAGUGCAAGUCAACACCCCUGCAGGUUUGAAAGGACAAGAAGUCACACGUAGCCUCCUUCCCCUCGAUUACUCCCCACACUGUGGCCCGACCUCAUGGCCUAGUUUGUCAAGGUGUGAUGUGUCGUUCGGUAGAUGGUGGCAGUAGUAGUGGUCGUUGCCUCUCUUGGAAGAUUGGAUGCUGCUUUUCUCUCAGCACAUCCUCUGUUUUCCUUUAGCUGCUGAAUCGUUUGACCUCUGCUAAAAAGGCAAGGUUUGAUUUAUUGACUAGUGAAAAGGUCCUGUUGAGGCUCUCACAGCCUCUCAAACUAUGUUGAAGGUAAGCAUCUCCUAUAAUGGGACAUAGAGUUAAUGUUUUACGUAGAACACGCAGAAAAUAGUCCUGCUUCUGUACUGAUUAACUGUUUAAAGCAUUGAUACCUCAUGGGAUAUUAUGGAACGACGUGUAGUUUGUUGUAGCAGAUUGUGUUUCGGUUCCGUACCAGGGUUAGAGUUCAGCCUCAGCAUUCCUUGUGUGGUCAUUCUCAUAUUUCGCGGAAUGCUCAAGCUCAUGUUACCUUCGUAUGUUUGACUGAACCAAAGAUGCCAGCGGCCAUGCCCAAAUGCUGCUCUUCAGGCCUGGCUUCCUGUCCUUCCAAAAGACACCCCUGCAAUUGACAAAAUGUUCUUUGUCUUUUUUUUGUGCGAUUUCUCAACUGUCUUGACUUAUUAAGCAAUCCAAUUUUUCAAUGAAUUUUCAUUGAGUCUAUCUCUGAAGCCGUUUAUGGCAUCAAGGAUGGUUAAAAAUGGUUGCAAAUUGUUGUUACUUGUUUUGUUUAUUAUUAUUAUUAGUAUUAUUAUUGCUAUAAUUUACAAAAAUGAAAAUCCCAUGGUGUGCCUCCUAGCUUUAUGGGUUUAUAAAUGUUUUUUUCCCUAAAGACCAGCAGUUAUACUUUGUAUAAAAGAUGGAUUUUUCCUUAUUUUUUAUGCCAUUAAAGAUGAAAAGGCCUGUUUUCUUUACUCUGGACCCAGUAGCUGCACUGGUAUACAAUCGCACUGAUAGAUGAAUAAAUAAAAUUAAAAAAAAGAAUAAAUAAUAAUAAUAAUAAUAAUAAUAAUAAUGACAAAUGAAAUAAAAACUACAAUAAACUUGUGUUUGAAACUUUUAUAAAAAAAACAAUUUAAAAGAAAAUAAAAAGAAAAUGACUGUUUUUGUACAUCAAAAUAAAUUCUUUUCAAAAUAAUAUUUUGGAUCUAGUUUCAAAAUUAUUUUAGUGGUUUUCUAUGUUCAGAAUUUUUGAGACACUGACUUCAGAGACGUGUCGCUGUAAAAACUGACUUCUUCUGUUGCAGUGGCCUGAUGGGCUGGGAGGGUUGCCUGGUGUAACUCCUCAUACCAACUUUUAUUUCUUUUCCUCUCGAUUUUUGGAUCUUUUUUUUCUGCUUUAGUAAAUUGAAAAAUGUUGAUGGAAUAACAUGAACUGGGAACUUCAAAUCCAUCCCCUGUAGAGCUAGACCCUUCCUCCUUUCCUAUUGAAUUGCUGUUAGUGUGAUGCGACUUGAAAUGGGCAUUUAUUAUGAUAGUAUGACCCCAAAAGAAAAAACACAAAAAAUAAACAAACACAAAAAAAUAAAAGAAAAGAAAAAGAAACUAGCAAAAAAAUUGCAAAACACGUGGGGAGGGUUGAAAGAAUAUAUAUAGAUGGGUUAUCGGAGUAUGUAAGCAAUGGCUGUGAAGAUAAUGUAGUUUUAAACAUUGUUAUUACCUUUUAAAAUCAUUUAUUCAAUAAAAAAUACAAAAUCAACUGAAAA